GGCGGCUUCCAACACUUUCCUCGGGCGAUACUCCUCGGUCUUGCUCUGCCAUGAAGCCACUAUCACGCACGGCCGUCGAGGAACGCAUAGAUCAAGGCGAGAUACUUGUCAUUUAUCAAAAUCAAGUCCUCAAACUCGAUCAUUGGCUCGCACGACAUCCUGGUGGCGACAAGGCUAUUUUGCACCUUGUUGGACGCGACGGAACCGAUGAGAUGGACAGAUACCACGCCAAGGAGACGACUCGGCGUAUGAAGGCGUAUGCAAUAGGUCAGGUUGCUAUGGAAGCGCGUCCGUGGCGGAAUAUGGUGCCGCCGAUCCAAUGUCCAGCACUGGUCAAGCAAGACGCCCCGGAUUAUAGCGACGACGAAGGUAUCGCUAUGAGUGAGUCGAGUCAAUCCACCGAACCGAUUCAAGGCCCAAUAGAUGCGCAUACUCAAGCAGAAAUUGAGCGCGACUUGGCUACGUAUCCGUCGCUCGAUGCGACAACGCAAGGAGGUAUCCAGGCCAAGUACCGUGCGUUGGCAGACAAGCUCGAGCAGGAAGGUUACUAUCAGUGCAGAUACAGUGACUACCUGGUAUGGGAGCUUGCACGAUACGUCUUACUGGCGACAGCUUCCUUGACACUAUACAGUCAUGGGUGGUACAAACUCUCGGCAGUCUUUCUCGGCCUCUUCUGGCAUCAAGUCACGCUUGCCUGUCAUGAUCUAGCACACAAUGGUGUCACGCAUGGUCCAUUGGACACCAUUAUCGGCAUGACCCUCGCCAGUUUUGUUGGCGGGCUGAGUAUUGGCUGGUGGAAGCGCAACCACAAUGUCCACCAUCUCGUCACGAAUCAACCAGAGCAUGACCCUGAUAUCCAGCACAUGCCCAUCUUUGCAGUGACGCCGAAGCUCCUGACAAAUGUGACGAGCACGUACUAUGAGAAAGUGCUGGAUUACGAUACAGCUGCGCAGCUGCUCAUCAAGGUGCAGCGUUUCAUUUUCUACCCCAUCAUGCUCUUUGGCCGCUUCAAUCUCUACCGUCUGUCACUGGAUCACAUUCUCUUCAAUCGUGGCCCCAAGACGCGUUUCAAUACCUAUGCCAGAAUCUAUGAACUGCUUGGGAUGUGCGUCUUUGGCUACUGGUACUGCUAUCUGCUGGUCGGAUCACUCCCAACAACAUCGAGCAAGGUCUUGUUUGUCCUCAUUUCACAUUGGGUAACAGCGCCAUUGCACGUUCAAAUCACACUCUCUCACUUCGCCAUGUCUACAGCAGACUUGGGUCCGCAAGAAUGUUUUGCUCAGCAGCAGUUGCGAACCACCAUGGACAUUGACUGUCCCCCGUGGAUGGACCCCGUUCACGGUGGCUUGCAGUUCCAAGCAAUCCAUCAUCUCUUCCCGCGGAUACCACGACACCGGCUACGGGAGGUUCAGCCCUUUGUGAAGCAGUUCGCCAAGGAGACUGGCGUGCCUCAUAAAGUGUAUGGAUUUGCUCAGGGGAAUGGCAUUGUGCUUGGCAGACUCGCCGAAGUCUCAGCACAAGCUAAAUUGCUGGCAAGUUGUGCAGCGACCAUGCGGCAACAUAAUGACCUGGGCUUUGACUUGGUUGGCUAGAGCACUUUAUAGUUCUUCCUUAGCACAUGAGCGUGUGACUUGCUUUCGUAUAGUGCUUCAUUCGACGUCAUGACACAAAUU